ACUACAUUAUUAUCCUCACAAAAGCCCUUUAACAGUUCUAAUCUUGAAAUGAUUAACAGUCAAUAAAGUUGGUAUAAAAAGUAGAUUAUAAACUUGUGGAGGUAGACCUCUUAUAUACCUAAAAUUUGCACCUUCUUUUCUCUUUCUCAGCUUUUCUGUUUUUCACACACUACGCAAACAGGACCAUGGUGGCUCAGCCAUGGUGGUGGUCAGUCUUGGCAAUGAUCUUUGUGUUGCAGAUUUAUGUAGCAGCAGGGAAAGCCCAGAAUCAGGGUGAUAAGAUAGUAAGUUUGCCUGGUCAGCCAAAGGUCAGCUUUCAGCAAUAUUCAGGGUACAUUAUCAUUGGUGGAAAGCAGCAAAGAUCGUAUUUUUACUACUUUGUUGAGGCAGAAACUGAGCCAGCUUCUAAGCCUCUUGUUCUUUGGUUGAAUGGAGGGCCUGGUUGUUCAUCUGUUGGAGCUGGGGCUUUCAGUGAACAUGGCCCCUUUCAACCAAGUGGGAAUGUGUUGGUGAGAAACAACUACAGCUGGAAUAAAGCUGCAAACAUGUUGUACUUGGAAUCACCUGCUGGGGUUGGUUUCUCUUAUUCUGCCAAUAAAUCCUUCUACGAAUCUGUCGACGACGAAAUGACAGCUAGAGACAACCUUAAUUUCCUUGAGAAAUGGUUCGACAAGUUCCCAGAAUACAAGAACAGAGAGUUUUACAUCACAGGAGAAAGUUACGGUGGGCAUUAUGUUCCACAGCUGGCCAAUCUUAUAAUACAAUCUAAAGCAAAGUUCAAUCUCAAAGGGAUUGCAAUUGGAAAUCCUCUUCUGGAAUUCGACACAGAUUUCAACUCAAGGGCUGAGUUUUUAUGGUCUCAUGGGCUGAUAUCUGAUGCCACAUAUUAUCAAUUUACUUCUGUCUGCAACUACUCCCAAAUCAGAAGGCAAGCGGCUUCGGGAGCCCUCACACCAGUUUGCUCUCGGGUAAUAAAGCUGGUGUCGUCGGAGAUCAGCAGAUUCAUAGACACCUAUGAUGUCACUCUUGAUGUUUGUUUGUCAUCUGUUAUGCUGCAAGCUGAGGUUCUAAAUCAGGUGCAAGAUGAACCCAAAAUAGAUGUAUGUGUGGAGGAUGAAGCAAAUGCCUACUUAAACAGAAAAGAUGUCCAGCAGGCUCUCCACGCUCGCCUCGUUGGAGUAAGCAGAUGGAGCAUUUGCAGCGAUAUUCUACAUUACGAGAUGCAAAACUUGGAGAUACCAACUAUUGGCAUUCUUGGUUUACUUGUCAAGUCUGGCGUUCGUGUAUUAGUUUACAGUGGUGAUCAAGAUUCUGUCCUUCCACUUACUGGAACUCGGGCACUGGUUAACGGUCUGGCAAAAGACCUCAAAUUGAACACAUCAGAACCGUACGGUGCUUGGUUUGAGGGAAGACAGGUUGCUGGCUGGACACAAUCAUAUGGAGAGUUUUUAUCAUUUGCAACCAUAAGAGGAGCUUCUCAUGAAGCACCAUUCUCUCAACCGGAGAGAUCUCUAGUUCUGUUCAGUUCAUUCGUUGGAGGGAAGCCGCUCCCACGAUUCAAUGGCAUAACAAAGGAAAGAAGCUCGCUCGUUAGACUCAUCUAAACCCUCAUGGCAAUAAAUCUGCUAAUGUAGACAAGAAUUUGCUUUUGAAUGAGAAAUGAGUUCAUGGGUUUCAGAA